AUGGGUCUUCCUUCAAUAUUAUUAGCGGUAGCUGUGCUGGGUGCAUAUGUACUAUACAAGUGCUGGGAUUCUUCUCGUCGGCAGAGAAUACCCACAGGUCUCAAGCCUCUACCAGGACCCAAAGGCUACCCUAUCCUUGGCUCGGUGCCCGAGGUUCCUGAGAAGAAUGGGUUCAUCAAGUUCGCAGAUUGGGGCAAGCAAUAUGGGCCUAUCUAUCAAUGCAACUUGGCUGGUCACAACCAUGUCUGGAUAUCUAGUGACCAAAUUGCCAAAGACCUGCUAUCGAAGAAAGCAGCGAUCUACUCGGACCGACCACACAUUCCGUCUUUGAUACACGACAAUCGUUCCAGUGCCCAAUAUCUUCCCCUUCUCAGCCGAAAUGAGGGUCAUACUCGUCAAAGGAAAUUUGCAAACAUCAUCAUGCGCGAAUCAGAGAAGGCCGCGUUCCAUCGAUACCCUGAAAUCGAAUCAACGCGUAUGUUGACCGAAUUGCUGGAUGCGCCGGACCAAUACAAUCACAUUCUGGAGUCUUUCAUCUCACGCGUCACUUGCCGGCUUGCCUGGGGUCACAGCGAAGGCAGUGAUGAGCUGAAGCAACGCGCGCGCGAGCUUCUGAUUGGUGUCUCACCCACUGGUUCUCUGAGCAACAAGCUUCCAUUCCUUAUGUCCCUCCCUGACUGGCUCUCCCCACCCAAGGCUUGGGAGAGGCGACGUGCGACCACUGAGCGUACGUGGUUCCAGACAAUGCAAGAACAAGUCGUCGACGAUAUGCGAUCAGGACAAGCCGCUCCAUCUUGGAUGAAGACGUUCUUGGAUGGCCGCAGCAAAUGGGGCUUCAAGUCCGACACAGAAGGCGCAUAUGCUGUAGGCAUGCACGGUAUCGCUGGAGCUCUCACUAUCGCUGCUCCUAUGCAGACCUUCUGUCUAGCCAUGACACAUUAUCCACAGUUCUUGCCUAUGUUACACGAAGAGCUUGACCGUGUCUGUGGAGACCGGAUGCCACGCUCAGAAGACCGACCAAAUCUUCCUUUCCUACGAGCCAUCAUUCGGGAGUGCAUUAGAUGGCGCCCCCCAGUCCCCACUGGCAUUCCUCAUUACCUGAUCCAGGAUGACGAGUACAAUGGUUAUCAUAUUCCCAAGGGUAGCACGAUACAUCCUUUGGAGUGGGCCAUCUCCCGUGAUCCCGAUCUGUACCCCGACCCGGAAGCCUUCAACCCUCUACGAUGGAUCAAACCAGAGUACCCCACCUAUCAAGAGCCUCUUUCCCAGUACCCGACUAUAAUCAACUCAACACAGUUCGGUUAUGGCCGAAGGACAUGCACUGGACAGGCUGUGGCUGAUGAAGAUCUGCUCAUUGGCAUUGGUGCGAUUGCCUGGUUGUUUGAUAUCAAGAAAUCAUCAGCAGAAUUCACUAUCUCGCCCGUCAUGAAGUCAUCGAGGACAGAAUACAAGAUUGGCAUGAACGAGAAGGCUUCAAUCUCCAACGAAGAGCUCAACGCAGGUCUAGACACAGCAGACCCAACAAUGGAAGAGAAGAUCCUGGCGAAGUUCUCAUAUCCUGGAUCCGACUCAGCAAACGACGUACAAAAGAAGUCGAAGGCCGCCGAGCCAGCGUAUAAGCCGCUGGAAUGGGGCGACAUCACCAAGAAGCCCGAAGAUCCGACACUCGACUACUCCAUCUUGCUCAUCGCGAAACCGAUACCCUUCAAGUUCGAUUUGAAGCCUCGCGACACUGUGCGAAUGAACACAGUCCGUGGUCUCUUCAACCAGGGCGUCGAGAACGGCGAUUAUCCCGAGACCCGGAAUUACUGGGGUCCAAACCAGGGACGGGACUUACCUGUGGGCUGGGGUAAAGUAUAG